GCAAGGCAUAAUAUUAAAUAGUGAUAACUGUGUAGUUAUUUCAUAAUAUCAUAGAAGAGAAUCCAGGGUCAUUGAUUGAUAUCUAUCUCGAUGAAUUAAUUUUUUUAUUAUUUAAAAAGUUAUAAGUGUUCUCAUUUUCUUACACUCAACAUAUUUAUUAAUUAAAUAUUAGUAAUGAAAUUUGUGAAUAUUUUACGAUACAUAAUAAAUAAUUUAUAGUUGGAUUUAAAAAUGGCCUUACCAGAUACAUAUAACAAUAAGGAGUGGCUACAAAAACUCUUAUCCGAUGUUCAACUUGAACAUUUUAUUACAAGAAUUACUGAUGAGUUACAAAUCACUCGAUUAUCUCAUUUUGAAUAUGUCAAGCCAGAAGAUUUGGAAAAUAUUGGAAUUAGUAAACCAGCUGCUCGAAGAUUGUUAGAAGCUGUUAAAAAACGCAAAAGUGCUGAACGUCGAAACAAAAUAUUAUCACUUUUAGGAGGAACUCAGGCUAAUAAACAAUCUACCGGAACUCUUAAAAAAAAUACAACUAAUCAAUCCUUUGGACAAGCAUUGUCAUUAACUUGUUUAAUAUUGGAAAAAGAUCUCAGACUAUCUGAAAAAAUUGGAGAUGGUUCGUUUGGUAUUGUAAGUAGAGGUGAAUGGAGUACAUCAGAUGGCCGUACAGUUCCUGUUGCUGUUAAAAUAUUAAAACAAGAUGUACCAUCAAUGCCACAGUUAUUUGAUGAUUUCGUUAAGGAAGUUCAAGCUAUGCAUUCUCUUGAUCAUGUGAAUCUUAUUAAACUCUAUGGUGUUGUAUUAACUCAACCAAUGAUGAUGGUUACUGAAUUAGCUCUAUUAGGAAGUCUCAGAGAUUAUUUAAGAAAGCAGUGUUCUCAUAUUCUAAUAACAAUUCUUUGGGAAUAUGCUCUUCAAGUAGCUACUGGUAUGGAAUAUUUAGAAAAAAAACGAUGUAUUCAUAGAGACUUAGCAUGUCGAAAUAUUCUAUUAACUACUUCUAAUCAGGUAAAAAUUGGUGAUUUUGGAUUGAUGCGUUUAUUACCCAUGGAAGAAGAUUGUUAUGUUAUGACUGAACGUCGAAGAGUACCAUUUCCAUGGUGUGCUCCAGAAAGUUUACGUACUCGACAGUUUUCACAUGCAUCUGAUACAUGGAUGUAUGGUGUAGCUCUUUGGGAAAUGUUUACAUUUGGUGAAGAACCAUGGGCUGGAUUAGAUGCCACUCAAGUUCUAACUAAACUUGUUCGUGAACGGCAACGACUUGAACAACCAGAAGCUUGUCCAAUCAAUUUAUAUAGAUUAAUGCAACAAUGUUGGAACAUAGAUCCUGGGGAACGUCCCACUUUUAGUGAUGUUCGAAAUUAUUUAAAAUCUCAUUCUCCAAAUAUUAUGAAAGUAACUUCAAAUUCAUCUGUUACUGAAGAAUAUAGUGAUAAUUUAAACCAUUUAAAUGUAGACAUGGGUGACAAAAUUAUUGUAAUUGAUGGACAGCCUGACCAUUUUUGGUGGAAAGGACAAAAUAUAAAAACAUACCAAAUUGGCAAAUUUCCUAGGCGGGCUGUUGAUCCAAUGCGGCCAAAAGCAUCAGAUGAUAUUAGUAGGCCACUUCGUAACUCAUUUAUACAUACUGGUCAUCAUGGAGAUGCUAGUGGAAAUAACUGGGGUUUCCAUGAUAAAAUUGAUCAAGUAUAUUUAAACAAUCCCAUGGAUCCACCUGAUUUGUUAGGAUCUCCCACAGUUAUCGAACCAGGUCCUCCAAUAUUACCAAGUAGAAAAAAGUCUUAUUCUAAGAAUAAUAAUGAUGCCAUAGAGAAAAAUUUUAAAUCUAAAGAAGAAAAGUCCAAAAAUACUGUUUUUAAUUCUAUCCUUCCAUGUAAUAAACAAUUUAAUUACUCAAAGCUCACAGAAGAACGGAAAAGACAGUUGAGACCAGCUCCUGGUAGACCACCAGGUCCAUUUCCUAAACAACCAAAUAACGAACAAAUUUUAUUGGAUUUAGAUGAUUGUACUCCUCCACCUGUACUCCACAAUCAUAAUAUGCCAACUGAUUCAAAUUUUUCUCUUCUUGAUCAGCCAAUUGAUGUUGCAGAAUUUGGUUCUUCAGAUAGUCAUGACUAUCACCACACAUAUAUAAAUAUCGAGGGAUUAGAUACUGAAGAAUCAAUAAAAGAUCCAUUUGAUACCUCUAACAUUAACACUCAGCUUCAAGGACCUACUCAUAGUACACUUCCAUCUUCUAUUGUAUCAAAUUUAAAUUUAACUGACAUUGUUAGUAGUUCAGAAAAACUAGAUCUUAAUUUUAUUGCUGAACUUGAAAAAAAUUUGGGUCAAAAUGAGGCUAAUGCAAAUAGUAUUAGACAAACAAUACUACCACCACCUGAAUCUAUUCCUAAAAAAUUGAACACCGAAAUUUUAAAUGCAACUAUUCCUAGACCACAUAGUGCAAACUAUACAUUUUCAAAUGUGGCUGGUUCAACAAAUUAUUCCAGCACUAUUAAUGACAUUGAAAAUUAUGUACCUAAGUAUACAAAUGAUACAAGAUAUGUAGAAAAUCUUAAUUUAACAGAAAACAUGUUCAAAGAAAUGUGGAUUGGUGAUAUUCCUGGUGCAGGAAAAACACAUAACUCCAACAUAUCUAAUUUUUAUAGAAAUGAUUUAUAUACUAAGAGUAACACAGAAAAUAUUGCAACAUCUUCUAAUUAUAAUACGGUGUAUUAUAGUCCUGUUGACAUUUCAACUAGUAGGUAUUAUAGCCCUACACCAUCGGUCUAUCAAACUGUUCCUGAAUCUAAUUCUGAAUCCACAGUUAUUCAACUUUGUAAUUAUUUCAAUAAUACAGUAACAGAAAAUGAAUGUUUGGAUGCACUAGAAGCAACAUCAUGGGACUUUUGGGAAAGUGUUAAAUAUUUAAAAGUUAACAAUUUAUUAAGAUUAGGAAUGGCAUCAAAAGAAGCAUGCAUAACAGCACUGAACAAUUGUAACUGGAAUGUUGAAGAAGCAGCAUCCACAUUGUGUGAUUCAGUGUGAUACUAAGUUUAGUAAAGAUUACAGUUAACUAUUUAUUUUUACGUUGUUAUAAUGGUUUAAUAUUUGAAUUAAUCAAAUAAAAACUAAUUUUUUCAUGACUGUUAUAAAGUUAGCCUGUGAUAAAUAUUAUGACCAUUUGUAUUAAAAUAAAAACAAUUUUUUUUUUUGUUAUGUAUUAAUAAUAACUCUGUCUAUUGGUUUAUGUCAAUAUUAAAAUAUUGAUACUGAAAUGUAAAAUUACUCAACUACUUAAACAGUGAAUUUUUUUGUAGUUAUUCUUAAGAAAAAAUCUAUCAGAAUAUUUCUUAAUUUAUAUGUAUUAUUAACAAUGAUAUUAUUAUUGUUAAAACUUAAAAUUACUGCAUAUAAAUAACUAUCCAAUGACUUAACAACA